ACCUGUUGUGUAUGUUUCAUAUGUAGGUGGGGUAGGGCUUUUCUAACAAAGGACUUUUUUCACAAUAUGGGGGAGAAGAUGGGAGAUCAUGUUUUGCUUAUUGUUGCUGAAGAAGAAGAGAAACUUGUUGCUGGAGCUCUUAACCUUAUUGGAGGUGAUACUCUGUUUGGUCGAUUGUGGGGCUGCCUUCCUCAAGCUUAUUUUCCUAAUCUUCAUUUUGAGGCCUGCUAUUACCAGGCAAUUGAAGCUGCCAUCGAGCUAAAUCUAAGUAAGGUCGAGGCAGGAGCACAAGGAGAGCAUAAGAUACAGCGUGGUUAUCUCCCUGUAACAACAUACAGUUGCCACUACAUCUUGAACGAUGGUUUUAGAAAAGCUAUUGAGGACUUUCUCGUGCGUGAAACAGAUCAGGUCAAACAAGUCAUGAAAUUGCUUAAUGAUUCUGGACCCUUCAAGGUUGGUAUAGAUUGAGAAACAUCAAUCACAGUUAUGUAAAUAGAAGCCUAUCACUGUUACUCAGAUUAAGCUCCUGCUGCCUCAACCUCAGGUGCCAUUCUGUACAUAGAAAGAAGACAACACUUGGCUUUUUGGUUCAGCAGAUAUAAUUAGAUGAUAUGCAUAGAAUAUAAUUUAUUUUCAUAUUAUUAUGAAAUAAUUAUGUCAUUCUACUGCAUUGUGAUUGACCAUCAAAGUUAUAAUUUAUGAGCUUUCCUCGUGCAUUCUUAUCAA